AUGCCUGCUCUUUCUUCUUCUUCUAUUAGCACUUUCUUGCUUAUUUUCUUACUUGCUCUACGAGCCUCAAUUUGUACAGGCAAACCAACCAUCAGAACUCCCCUCCCACGCCAAUUAACUGUUGAUUACUAUGCAAAAACAUGCCCUCAACUGGAGCAACUUGUUGGUUCAGUUACUUCCCAACAGUUCAAAGAAGCACCAGUUUCAGGACCAGCCACCAUUCGCCUAUUCUUUCAUGACUGCUUUGUAGAAGGCUGUGAUGCAUCAAUAUUGAUAUCAACAAAGCCUGGGGGUAAGGAGUUAGCAGAGAAGGAUGCAGUGGACAAUAAGGACUUAAGGGUGGAGGGAUUUCAGACUAUAAGCAAGGCCAAGGCCUCGGUGGAAAGCAAGUGCCCUGGUGUUGUUUCUUGUGCAGAUAUUCUUGCAAUUGCAGCCAGAGAUUAUGUUCACCUUGCAGGAGGUCCUUAUUACCAGGUGAAGAAAGGCAGGUGGGAUGGAAAAAUAUCAAUGGCAGCGAGGGUACCCUACAACAUUCCUAGUGCAAAUUUCACCAUUGAUCAACUACUAAAGCUAUUCAACUCUAAAGGACUAACACUUGAGGACCUAGUUGUUCUUUCUGGUGCUCAUACGUUUGGAUUUGCCCAUUGUAAGCAAUUUGUGAGCCGACUCUACAAUUACCGUGGCACUAAACAGCCUGAUCCUGCGAUGGAUACAAGGCUACUAAAGGCUCUUAGAAUGUCCUGCCCACAGUUCGGUGGGAAUUCAGACAUUAUUGCACCAUUUGAUGUUGCCACUCCAUUUUUGUUUGAUCAUGCUUAUUAUGGGAAUUUAGAGGCUAAAUUGGGCUUGUUAGCGUCAGACCAAGCUUUGUUUUUGGACCCAAGAACCAAGCCCUUGGUUCAACAGUUAGCGAAGGAUAAGCAAAAAUUCUUCCAAGCAUUUUCAAUAGCCAUGGAGAAAAUGGGUUCGAUUGGUGUGAAAAGGGGAAGAAGACAUGGAGAGAAGAGGACAGACUUGUCUUCAAAAUCUUGCGAGGGGAGGGAAUUUGGAGGAGAGAGAAGAAGGGAGAAACGAAGGUUGUCGUCGAGAUUGGAGGAGCGAAUGGCUUUAGCUGGAGGGAAGGAUUCGAGAGAAGGAAAUAGUAUAAUCAUGACAACUAUGACAGAGAAGAAGCCUAAAAAUCAUAGAAUCCAAAGCAUAUUUGCACGGUAA